GCAACUCAAGUAGUUCGUAAUUAAUUUAUAAACAAUAGUGUGCUAGUACACUGUGUAAGCUAGCUAGAGACCUCCCAUUAUUUCAUACUCCAGAUUUGCAGUCAUGAAGAGAGCAGAUGUGAUCUCGACAAUACAGCGCUCCUCAGAGGACGAAACCAAGUUCUUAGAAAUGAUGGAAAAGCAUAGAUCCAAAGCUGAUACCUUCAACUUGGUUGAGUUUUUCCAAGCCCUACCCAAGAAGCAAGCGACUCCACUAUGGGAUGCUGUUUUUAGACUGUGUCAGCAGUGGGUGGGGGAGGAAGAGCAGGAGGCUUUGAGUGAGAGAGCUCUGUGUGUGCUCAGUGGAAUUAUAAUGCUCAUCCAGGCUGCCAUGGGAACGGAUGACCCAGUGACACCUACACCGCUACGAGACACGCUGCAAAUCCUGCAUGACAUUCUGCUCGGUCCAUUGGAGGCAAUUCCUGAGCUACAGAAUGGUGCCUCCCAACUGUGUGAGGGGUGGUGGUGUACAGAGCGUGAAGAGAGGGAGGGGCUAGUACCACACACACUCCUCUAUAUAGUGGCAAGAUCUCUUACUGAUGGAGCUCUGGCUGCUGAUGUCAAGAGGGUGUGGUCGAUGAGACAAGCAUUCCUUCUACUGGACUUCGAGGAUGGUUCAGCCGAGCCAUUCAAAGCCAUGUUACUAUCAGCCACACUGCAACCACUCUAUAUUAAUACUGAAGAAGGCCGCAAGUUCCUGAGUUUCCUGUUUGGUAUGCAUCCGUCCUUCGUGGAGGACCUCCACCAAACCAUCAAGUACCAGAUACCAUACAUGUCGAACCCCCUCCUGGAGACGUAUGGGGAGGUGUAUUUGAGGGCCUGGCGUCUGUCGUCUGGGCCGUACCUCCGUCAGAUAGAGGAACAAUGUCUGCAAGACCUCAUGUUCUCGGCAGUACACGCACCCAGGCUGGGUCAACACUCCUUGUUUAACUCUCUCAGAAAGUUUCUGGAGCAGGUCCACUCUCAGCGGAUGCAAAAGGGUGUCUCAGAGAUGCUUCAUCGUCUGUACUCACCGUUUCUGUGGAGAUCUCUCAAAGUAGCCAAUCCAGAAGUGCGAGCCAACGCAUGUACACUUCUGUUGGAUGCCUUCCCUCUGCAAGACCCUGACUCUACACGAGAGGAGAUUGAUGGAGUCAUGCAGAAGCAGUUUGAUGGAAUGAUCGACCUGCUUGGAGACGCCUCUGUGAUGGUGCGUGUGAGUGCAGUGAUGGGGGUGUGUCGAGUGCUCUCGUACUACUGGGAAAUGAUCCCCGCCCCUGUCGUCAAGGCACUGAUUAGUAGAAUGGUCAAGGAGCUUGCGUGGGACUCGGCAGCUGUCAAUGUACGAGUCGCCGUGGUACAGGGCAUGUGUCUGAUCCUAGAGAACCGCCUCAGCCACCCGUUAAUGGUGGACCUCCUCCCACUGCUGCAGAGCAUGCUUCAUGAUUCAUCAGAGAAGGUACGGAUUGCAUUCCUGGAUUUGCUCCUUCUGGUAAAGGGCAUGAGGAUGAUCAAGUUCUGGCACAUCUGUCCCCUGGAGCAUCUACUGGCUCGUGUGGAGAUGGAUAGUGUAGCCGUGGUGAAGCGAAUCGUGUCGCUGCUGGUCGACUCAUUUCAGCCCGGCAAUGUAUCACCAAGUCAACAGAUUGAACGGUGUGUUAGUUUGGUUCGGACUAACCCUGGUGCUGCAAGGAGGUUUUACCAACUAGCCGUAGUGCAUCUCACACCCACUGAGGUCACAAAGUUCAUCCUCGCAAUACUUUUGGCUCUAAUGCAGUGUGUGGAGACUGAGGGGGCGGAGAAUGGGGGUGGAGCCUCAGAGGAGGAGGAGGAGGAAAGGGAUAUGGAGACCAAUGGAGAAGGUGGUGGCCAAUCAGGAGUGGAGAGUGGAGGAUGGAAAGAAAGAAACGAUGAACCCGACAGUCCUAAGCCUGAUAGGGCGCCAGAGGAAUCGUUGUGUGUGAGUGACGGGAGUGUGAUGUGUGGACUGAUAGAGACGAUGGUCAUUCUGUGGGAGGGUGUCCGAGACAAACUAGACCAGCGUGGGAACAAAGGGGUUAAGAAGAGAUUGGAAGGACGGGUCACUAAGUGUCUGCCUACACUCUUCAACACUUUUGAGGACGGCUCAUGUCGAUCGGCACUUUAUCUACUUGCGGCUAAUCUCCCGAGAGCCUGCGUUAACUCUAUUGCCACGGGAACGCUAACCACCCUCGCGACUAUGAGCUAUGCAAUCAAAUCGCACGACUACUCCUCACUCUUAAUUGCCUUAACUUCAUGGGGACAGACGAGUCAUGUGAUAAAACUGACCAAUGAGUGGCUAGCAACUGACUUACAAAGUGACAGGUUUUCAUUAGCAAGUAGAGAACAACCAAAAUCAAAGAUCACAGGCAAGGGCAGGAGAGGUAAGAGCAGUGUCCUCCCAACCAGACAGCCUCUACUGGCCGUGGAACUCAUCGACUGGAUGCUGAGCCAUCCCAGCUGCCUGCAAGAGCUGAAAAGUCUCCCAGAGUUCUGGAAAUUCACAGAUUUUCUGAAGAACUCAAUGACUCUACUGGAAAUGUACUACCUCUCUAGUCAGUCAAACCAGUUUGACGAGUCUCCACCGCCAUUCCCUGUCCUUCACAAGUGCCUGGGGCUUUACAUUCGUCUCCUUAUGCAUCAGCAAGCCGAGGGAUUAGAGGGACAUGGAGAUUUCCCCCAACAGUUAGAGGAGGUGCUCUCCUGGGGAGAUAGGGUGCUGGUGUCUGCUCUAAAGGAGGGGGCGAAAAGACCCUCCACCCAGUCAUCUCGGCAGAGUUCUCGCAAGCGUAAGGCUUCCCAGCCGCCCCCCACCCCCUCACAAGGCCCAGGAUACGCCCACAAAGUGACAGAGACGUUACUCUUGCUACUGUCUGAGAUACUCUUGCUCGGACUGUUGUCGGGUGAGAACACUGAGCGGGUGGAGACAGGCAUCUCCAACUUUGGGGCAAGGAUCGCUGAGACAAGCUCCGCCCACCUCCUCCUUUCCCCUCUCGCAAAACUCCUUUACCAAAUCUCUGAGGCCUCGACAAGAUCAGAGAUAAUCGGCAUCCCAUCUGGACCUAGCUCACUCACUCCUGUUCUCCUCAAAAGUAUUCUGUUACAGCUGAUAAAAGUCUCUGAAACAAAGCCUGAGUUGUUAGCAAAGUGCCUCGGUCAUGUGAAGGUGUGUGUGGGGAGUGUGGUUCGUGAGGGUGUGAGGAUGGGAGCUUUGUCGUCAGUGGGGGAUGAGAGGCUUUUCGUUAUGGAGGUUAUUGUGGAGGUGGUUGUGAGGGCUCAAGUCAACUAUAUUAAACAAACUCCGGGGGCAAUGGUGCCAGUGUGUGUGGAGGAGUUACCACUUCUGGUGGCAAGUCUUGUGAAACAGUGCUGUGCCAACAAACAGUCAGCAAGUGUUUUUCUGGCCCACCUGGAAGCUUACAUCAGUGCAACCACUCUACAACCCCCUGAGCUUAUACUGACCCACCAAGCAGCUCUGUGUCUCAUCAGUGCUCUAGUGAAAGGCAAGUCUAGCACUGGUAGUGGUGGUGACGCCAUGAUGAGAUGUGUCAGGCACUCGCUGAAGAUUGUGGAAACUUGCUCACAGGAGGACAGAGAAAAGUGGUCGUCCCUGCUGACUUCGCUGGAUUCUCUGACUCAGUCAUUACAAGAUACGCUCCUUGUCAAGUAAUGUUCUGUGGUAUUGCCAUAACUGUCUGGAAACACAUUAAUUAUCUAAUUUUGAACUCAUUAAAUAUUUGAGCUACUAUUAUUAUAUGUAAGUAUAUAAGUUAUGUGGUCAGAUGAUACAUUAGUUUAACUUCUAUUGUGCACCAUAUAUUUCUUAAACACCUCAUUGAACUUAUACCAUACUUCAUCACCACUAUAAUUAUAAGCAAUUGAUCUCAUUGGUCAACA